AUGUGCACGACAUCGGCGGCGCUCAUGACCGUGCAGUCCAAGUUUCUAGGGAUAGCUUUGGAUCCCCAGAAACGGAAAAAUGUGAUAAUCGCCGUUUGUCUUGGUGCGACUAGUGCCGCCUUCAUCAGCUAUUUCGCUAGUAAAAAAGAUGCUCGACAGUGCUCCCAGUUGUUGACGUCAUGUUCGGAAAAGAAAAGAAAGCGGCGAGCUUUCGACCCCAAAUUCCUUCAACAAUUACUCAUGCUACUCAAAAUCAUGGUGCCUGGAGUUAUCAGCAAGGAAGCUGGAGUGAUC